AUGGGCAAGUCGGUCUACAAUGCAACAGAUAUUGGCAUCUUAGAAGAUGAGGUCUACGAUCGGUACUUGUCGAAGCCUAUCGCAAUGAUCCGCAGGCUGCUAAUGUGGAGCUUGCGCAAGGAAAUGCCCCUUCUCAAAUGGCAGCAGGACAAAUUACGAAGCCGGCUUCGUGAUCGCUACUUCGUUUACAGCUCGAUGCUAGGGACGCACUCCUUCUUCCUUAUCUUCAUUCCGAUGACAUUCUGGCUCGGUAGUCCCUACUUUGGCCGUGGGCUUAUCAAUGUACUAGCAUUUGGCGUCUACUUAUCCUCGGCCCUUAAGGACUGGCUCUGCGUCCCACGGCCAUACUCUCCUCCCGUCACUCGCCUGACCAUUGGUACACAUCAUCUCGAGUACGGCUUUCCCUCGACGCACUCGACAAACGCUGUCAGCAUCGCAUGCUACGUCUACCUUUGGAUACGGACAUUACGGGAUGCUUUCACCGGUGGCGUGUGGAGCAGUUAUCUCUGGGAGGCCGGAUUGCUCUACUACGUCUGCAGCGUUGUUUACGGCCGAAUCUAUUCGGGUAUGCACAGCAUCGUCGACUGCGUUGCAGGAUCCCUUCUCGGCCUCGUCAUCGUUCUCGCACAGUGGGCAGGUUUCGAUAAAAUCGAAGCAUUCAUGAUCCGUAGUGACUGGUCAGUCCCAUUCUUGGUUAUUCCGAUUGGCCUUCUGAUGGUGUCAAUACACCCUCAGCCAUUGGAUGACUGCCCAUGCUUUGAGGACGCUAUCGCAUUCAUCGCAGUCGCUAUGGGUGUUUCCGUCUCGCGCUGGGUCGCGGCUAACCUAGGCGUCAUGCUGGUCGACGAUCAUCCGUUGAACACGUACCCACAAGCACGCACGACGCCUGUCAUACGCCUCCUACCAAACGGUAUAUUCUUGGUCAUCCUUACUCGUCUCGUGACAAAGACGAUGUGUAACAUCAUCUUACCGCCGAUCAUUCGAUUUUUCUACGAAACCUUCGGCUUGAUUCUGCCCCGGCGACACUACGUGCCAGCCACGGAAUACAACAAGAUUCCGCUGGCCAACUUGCGGGCGGUACCAUCCAUCCUGGACCUUCCAGACACGCUCACGCCGACCACAGAGAUGGGGGAUGAUCGGCGCAGAUCAUUACUCUCCCCCGACAGCGCAUAUCGGCGCAAUGGAUCUAUUUCCAUUUCUAGCCCCAGCAGCUCCAGGGUAUCCAGUCCUGGUCCGCUACACGAGCGCAAUGCGGGCAGCAAGCGGGUCGACUACAAACCCGCGAACGGGAGCGGCGUUCCUGCGCCAAUCACACAAUCACGACCGGGUUCUCCAACGUAUGUCGACCCCAUUGCCGAAAAGAUCGCGGAGGCGCUUAGGCUCAAAGACAAGCAAAGGCGUCAAGAAAAAGAGAAGAAUCCGGUCAAGCAUUAUGAUGCGGAUGUCCUCACUAAAGUCGUCGUUUACUUUAGCAUUGGCUUCCAUGCCACCAUGAGUAUACCUGUUCUGUUCGAACGACUUGGCUGGAACGGCCAAGUUGUGCAAGCGUAA